AUGGAGCCUGUUGAAGAUCUAGUAGCUGCGCUGAGUGUUGACCCUGCUGUCAAAGAGACGCUGGAGGAUGUGGUUUCAAUAGGGACUGCUGAUGUUUACUCUAGCGGAGCUGAGGAUGACUAUUUGAGCGAUGCUCAAAAGCAUUGGGAUGAGAACAUUCGUCAAUUAGAAAAUGCAGUGUUUUUUAUUCUGUGUCCGGUCAUUGGACGCGUGCUGGGGCGAAGAUUUGCCCAGAAUUUGUGGUUUGCAUACUGUGAUUACCGGUGGAAGGCCAAGGGCCAAGCCUUGGUUGAGAUGCCAUAG